CCACUACUUUGGGAAGGAGCUCAUCUGCAAGGUGUAUCAGAUGCUUCUGGACACCGGUAUGGGAAGGAGGCCAAUGGCCCGCCAGAGCAGGUCCGAGCCCAUCCUGAAAGACCUGGCUGCCAACCGUAGGCUCUCCGAUGAAUUUUUCACAGAUGUGCUGUACAUGUUCAUCCAACGGGCCAUUAAGAAUCUGCUGGAGAACUUCUUGGGUCUGCCGACCACCCCACCGGGUAGAGACAUUAUGUGGAAUGACAACUUCAACUGGAUGUAUAGGGACGGCUGGGGGGAGACCCCACAUCCAGCGAGAACGAGUUGUGGGACAGCGACUCCACCUGGUCACGUGACCUUGGAGAGGAGGAGGGGGCAGAGUCCCGUGGGAUGUGGGCCGCUCUGUUAGAGAGGGGCAGCUUCCUGACCCUCCAGUCCUCCAGCUCCCUCUCUGAUGACAACAAGGAGGCACUAGGGGCCGUCUGCCAGGUCCUGACCACAAGGGUGGGAGACAUCCUGAACAGUACCUGCAACGACGAUUACAAGGCCAGGCUCAUCAUCCAGAAAGGAUUGGAUUCCGGUGCCAGGGAAAGGUUCCCUGACUCUCCGUGUUCCUCUUCCCCCAAGGACGAAGAGGAGGUGGUUGUAAGUGUCAUGACUGUCUCAUACCCUAAACCCUCCACCUCAACCCAGGCAGCAUGGGCAGCUCCUGCCCAGACUCUGGACGGUUUUCUGCCCAGACCCUGCCUGGAUGAAGAAGAGGUAGCCCCCAGCACCUCCAUGAAGGACGACUCUGUGACAACAGCCCAUGCAGCACGGGCAGCUCCUUCCCAGACCCUGGAAGAAGAGGUGGGGGAAGCCGAGGUCUCCGAGAUGAGUGACAGCUCCCUGAUGCCCACCAAGAACAGACAGGACCCCCUGGAGAAGAUUCCCUCCCUCCUAUCAGGCAAGGAGGACAUCCUCCUUCGCAGCACUCCCUCGGCCACCGUCAUGAGCCCCCAGACUCUGAAGUUUAUUCUCCACGGCAUCAUGUGCCGACUGGAGGCCUCAGAGUCCCCCCAGACAAGGAGGGCCAAUGACCCCUUCAGGCUGAUGAAGGAUCUCUUUGUGGAGGUCCAGCAUGCCCUGAAGUAUGCUGACAUCUCUGUCGUCUUUGGCCUGGAGGAGAGCAUCCAAUUCAGUGGGGAGGAUGCGGUGAAGGCCAUCGUGAAGACUGCGACUAAAAGAUUAUCCCUGCGUUCGGACUCCAACCGGGCUCAACUGCGUGCCGCACGCUCUGGUAGCGAGGGAGCCAUCAGGUGUAUGGCGGACACCAUCACACAAGUCAUAGAUGACUAUUCCGAGGACUGGAGUUCCGACGGCCAUUUUGGAGCCAGGAGGAGCCGUGGUAGUGGGAUGUCACACUCCUCAACCUCCUCAAGGAGUGACGUCACCCUCACCGAGGAGCUCCUGGCUUGGAGGGAAACCCUAGAAGAGGACCUAGAGGAGAUGGCUGAUGACAGCACUGGUUUGGAAAAGACCAGUGUAAGCUCAGCCAUCUCUGAAAAGUCCCAGGUAAUUAGCUACCUUUCUGAAAGCACCAAGCCCAUCAGCAGCGCCCUCUCCAAAGACCUCACCUCCACACAGGUGAGACAGCCAAGAACCAGUAGAUCGUUUAGUUAUUUGGGCUGUUUGAUUGUGAGGCAUCGACUCAUAUCGGUUUCUCUCUCUACUAAGAAAAAAGAGAAGGAAGAGGCUUUGAAGAAAGAAGUGAAGAAGUCAGGAAAUAAGAAGCGAGGAAAUAACAAGAACCAGAAGAAGAACAAAGUGUCUCCUCUUGGCAAUGAUAGUACUGUGGCUGCAGAUGAGCCUAAGAAAAAACAGGCUCUCCUCCCGCGGAUCACAGCCGCCCUGGCAAAACUAUUUUGCUUCCCCUGCAAAAAAAAAUGCAAAAAGUAACUGUGCAGAAGACGAGUUUGGGAAAACCCUGCUGCCACUUCCCCCAACCCACUUUCUAAAUAAACUCUCAAAGCCAACAGAAGAGGGAGGGAGACAACCCCCCCUACUCACAACUCAUUUUAUAAC